UCAAAUGCAAGUAUGCAACAGUAUCUUUUUUUUUUUUUUGAGUUUUAUCUUAAAUUACCUCGAAAUUUCAGUACAUUUUAGUGCUGAGGAUUUCCCAGGAACCAAAAUUCCUUAAUAAUUAUCAGCAAAAAACAUCAAGAACCCACCUUUCGUUUAGCUAAAGAUUCUCUUCUUUGUCCUAAAACUUCAUGCUUUAAACUUGUUUUCAUAGAAAAACAAGCAUGAGUUUCUCCAAGUUGGUCUCUUUGUUUUUGAUAUUGCAUCUGCUUAAUCCAACAGUUGUUUUGUCAUCUUCUUCUUUGAGCUCGUCAAAUGGGUUGUCCGAAAUCCCCAAGAAGUUCCUUGAUUUUGCUAAAAGACAGGAGCUUGUUGAUUGGAUGGUGGGCAUUAGGAGGAAGAUACAUGAGAAUCCUGAAUUGGGAUAUGAGGAAUUUGAGACAAGUAAGCUGAUCAGACAAGAACUGGAUAAAAUGGGUAUUCCUUAUAAAUACCCAGUUUCAGUUACUGGUGUUGUUGGCUUUGUUGGGACUGGUAAACCUCCUUUUGUUGCAAUAAGGGCAGAUAUGGAUGCUUUUUCUAUGCAGGAACUGGUCGAGUGGGAGCACAAGAGUAAACAUCCGGGGAAAAUGCAUGCCUGCGGGCAUGAUGCUCAUGUUUCAAUGCUUCUUGGUGCUGCAAAAAUACUAAAAGAGCAUCUUGAAGAGUUAAAGGGUACAGUUGUUCUUGUUUUCCAACCAGCUGAGGAAGGAGGUGGAGGGGCAAAGAAGAUGCUAGAUGAAGGUGUGUUAGAGGAUGUUGAUGCAAUCUUUGGGCUGCAUGUUGCACCAGAUCAACCUAUUGGUACAGUGGCCUCCAGGUCCGGUCCUUUACUGGCUGGUAGUGGCUUCUUUGAUGCUGUAAUAAGCGGAAAAGGAGGCCAUGCAGCCAUUCCUCAGCAUUCAAUAGACCCAAUUUUGGCAGCCUCUAAUGUUGUUGUUAGCCUACAACAUCUUGUUUCACGUGAAGCUGAUCCACUGGAUUCCCAGGUGCUGACUGUUGCAAAAUUUCAAGGAGGUGGUGCUUUCAAUGUCAUUCCUGAUUCCGUUACAAUUGGUGGGACCUUCCGAGCAUUUUCAAAAGAAAGUUUAUUGCAACUUAAACAGCGGAUUGAGGAGGUUAUCAAAGGGCAAGCUGCUGUUCAGAGGUGCAGUGCGACUGUUGAUUUCUACGAAAACAAGAAACCGGUACCCCUUUUUCCUCCAACCAUAAAUAAUAAGGACUUGCACGAGCUGUUCCAGAAAGUUGCAGGGGAUAUGCUUGGCACUGACAAAAUUAAAGACAUGCAACCACAGAUGGGAUCUGAGGAUUUUUCAUUUUUCCAAGAGGCAAUUCCUGGGUAUUUCUUCUUCCUUGGAAUGCAAAAUGAGGACAGUCCACCACUCAAAUAUUUUCGUUCACCCUACUUUAUGAUCAAUGAAGAUGUUCUUCCUUAUGGAGCUGCACUUCAUGCAUCAUUGGCCGCUAGGUAUCUCCUUGCAGCAGAGCCAAAAAAUCAUUCGCCAUUGGAAAAUUCCCAUGAUGAACUGUGAAGAAUCUUGACCGUCCUUACUGGGGUUGGCACUUAAUAGUGCUGCUGCUGCUGUAGAUACAACCUUGUUUUAGUUGAACAUAUCAAACUUAUGCUUCAAGUUCAUUAAUCAAAGUGUCCGAAAUAACAAUUUACAAUGUCCUUUAACUAUUUGUUCUUUCUUUUCCCCCUUCCUUUGGAGGUUUUUGCUAUAAUGCUAGGGGCUAUGUUACCUUCGAGACUAUUUCCUUCAUCCCGUCCACUUCAAUACUUCAAUCCAUCGCCAUAAGGUUUUAUUUAUUUAUUUAUUUAUAAAAGGGGUUGUAGUUUGAAAAAGUUGUAUGAAUAAAUUGAAUUAAACUUAUCAUUACAAGUUUAGUCCUUUAUGAUUGGCU